CACAUGAGCAACACUGAUGCGGGAAUCUGUGCUUAAAAGUCCGCCUGCGUCCUCCGACAAGAUCCAGCGAGGGACUGCAGCUGUCCGAACCGACCGGUGAGGAGAACACACCGAACCCAGAGAGACUCCUGAAGCCAGUUCUGGGACCAGAAGAAAAACACAAAGCUGAUUUAAAAGUUUCUAUUUGAGAUGAAGUUGUAAAAAGGAAAAGAAGAGAUGGAGCAAACAGAGGGAGCGUCUCCUCCUCCUCCUCCUCCUCUUCCUCCUCCUCCUCCUCCUCUCCCUGCUCAGCAUCAUGCAGACUGUGGUGAGAAGUCAGAUGAUACACCAGAGACUGAGAAGGAGGAGCUGACAAAAGAUGGAGAAGAGUCGUUACGCAAAAAUCAAGGAGGUCAAACUUCUGUCUCAGAGAAACAGAUGACUGCAGAUGAGAAGUGUUCAGAGGAAGGUGUUCAAGAUGAACUGCCGAGACAAGAAGCCAGCGGUUUGCCUCAUAGAACUUUCUCUUUCCCUAAUCUCAGGUCAUCCAAUUUGAUCAGGGGGGAUGGACUUUGUGUUUCUUCACUCAAAAAAAGAGAAGUAGGGUCCAGACGUAGAAAAAAAUCAAGAGGACAAGUGACUCACAAUAUACCACCUUCCCCAGGCCCAUCUACAUCAAACUGGUAUGAUGUCCCCAGUAUACAUGAACUGGCAGCGUGUAUAGGAUGUCCUCCCUCUCCUUACAUCCCAUCCCAUUCCUCUAGUUUUGAUUCAACUGAGUUAAUCCUUAGAAACAGUAAGAAAACGUAUCCGACUGCAGCGGAUCCUACACCAGGACACAUUCUGGAUGAUGCCAGGGGAACUGAGCUGCCUGCAACAGAUCCGCUCAUCUUUCAAUCUCUCCAAAGCAACAGAGAUUCAGACUCUGCUGCAUGUUAUGACAGAGAAAAGGGAGUUCAGUUAUCUGGCAGCACAGUGGGAGGUCAUGACAAUCCGCAGAAAAAAGAAGUCACCAGUUGGCCGUACAGAAUUUCCUCCGAUUUGUCUUCCCCUGUUUUGGGGUCAUCCAUUAUGUACAGGGGGGAUGGUCUUCCUUCUCCUUCACAAAUAUAUCCAAACCACACUGUUGUCCAAGGAUCCAGAACUGCGGAAAAAUCAACAGGACAAGUGCCUCUCAAUUUUCUACCUUACCUCAUCCCGUUAGAUGUUUCCCCUUUUCCUCCGCCUACAUCAAACUGGAAUAAUUUCCUGAGUCAAUGUGUAUCAUCUCCUUCUCCUUCCAUCCAUCCAUCCACUGGACAUUUACCCACCAUCACCAUCUCAUCUACUGCAGCAGAUCCUUCACCAGGACACAGUCAGGAUUACACCAGGGGAGCAGCCAGUCCAUGGAAGCCAGUACUUUUGCCCCAUGCUUGUUUGCUGUCUGCUUCCAGUUCAACACAAAUACACUCUGUCCCUGAAAAGCCUGGCGGUAGUGCCAGAGAAGAAAUGUCUCCACUUGUUACUGCUGGGAACUUCCCUCACCUUCAACAGUUUUCACCUCACCGUUUUGAAGCAAUGGAUCUGUCUCAUGGCACACGCUCACUGAGUCAGAGACCCUCUGCAAAGAACAGCACCUUAACACAGGGUGAAAACUUGUCUGUGAUGCCAUUAGACUUAUCUAUGAAGCGUAUACCUAAAGUGGACAUGCGCAGUCAUGUAAAUCCCAAACCACAACAGGUGUGGCCAGCAGUGCUUGUCAUGACAAACCCAGGUGAAAACUUCACACAGGGUGAAAACUUGUCUGUGAUGCCAUUAGACUUAUCUAUGAAGCGUAUACCUAAAGUGACUGAUGAUACUGACUCCUCUGACUCUGAUUGGGACACUUCUGAACACAGCAAAUUAAAGUCAGCCGUGAAACAUAAAAGAAAAUCAAAAAUCCACAGCUCCAGAAGGAAGAAGAAACAUAAGAAAUCUUCCCCUUGUGGUGCUUCUCCUGUUGUUUCCUCUGACUACACGUUAGCUCAACCUUCACCUGGUCCACUCAGAGAAACAGUGAUAAAGAUUCACUCCACUGCAGCAGGUGCUACACCAGGACACAGUCAGGAUGAUACCAGGGAAACUGAGCUGCCUGCAACAGCUGGUCCAUCCACCCCUCAACACUCCCCGGCUUCCGAUGACUCUGAUUUUUGUUUUUUUCAGAUCAACAGUCCUGAGGAAGAUGACAGCUGGAGCUACAGCCAUGAUGACUACACAGCAGAAAGUAGAGAAAAUAGAUAUGAGAUAAUGUCUGUGAAGUCUGAAAACGCGUCAGGAGCUGAAAGUGAUGCACAGCUGGAAAUGGAGACAUCUCUAACAGGUGUGUCCUCAUUCACAAACAACUGGACAGCGGUGUCAGCAUGUCCAUCUCCCCUUCAACUACCAGACUUCCAGGUUCAGUCAGAGUCGUCCCUCUGCAGUCCGGAUUUAGAAUUCGAUAAUCUCUUCUCUAGCUUCUUCUCUACAGUCCACACUGCAGAAAGUGGAGAAGUUAUAAAUGUCAAGCUUCAGCCGUCUGAAUGUGAGGCAGCAGGUGACAGUGACUCCCUGGUUAAAAUGGAGGCACCUGUUACAGCUGUGAUCUCCUCAGUCACAAACACCCAGCCGACCCGUCCUCACCUCCAGCUGUCCUCAGAUCCUGGUUGGAGUCAAAGAGGCUCCAGCUGUUUGCCUCGUUCUCACAGCGUUCCCUCACUGAGUCAGAGAAGCUGUGCAGAGAACCAGACCUUCAGACCAUCACAGAGCUUACCUGACAUGCUGUUAAAAAGCAGCUUUGAGGAGUUCACACCUGAUAUCACUGUUGAUGAGGACGAUGAAAGCUACCGGUUCCUGUGCUCCUGCCCGGGCCUGUACCAGUGCAGUGUGACGGGCCUGGUGUUCCACAUGGAGGGAGAAGGGGACGUGGUUUACAGGAUUGUCUCUUGGGACAGGAGGCUACUGGCCCAACAUCACAAGAAGCCUGCAGGACCCCUGUUUGACAUCAAAUGUCAGCAGAAGUCUGUGUGUCGGCUUCAUCUCCCACACUGUGAGAUCCCAUCCACAGCUGGAUGUCAGUUCUUGUCAGUCGCUCACCUGAAUGAUGAGGGCAUCGAGUUCAUCGCCCCUCAUAAGGUAACAGACACUCAUGUGAUCAUCAACAUCUCAGGGUUUUCUGCUUUCGGUAACGUCAAGGAUGAAGAUUCACCUCCAGAACCGGUCCGAGCGCUGGUUCUGCUGUUCUACAGGCCUCCGAAUGAUGCCGAUCUCACAUCAUUCCUGAAUGUGUUGAUGCUUCCGAGGAACGUUGUGCUCCGAGAUGUGCGACGCACCAGAAAGAAAUUAGUAGGAGAUGAGCUCUACAUAGAGACGUCCUCACACUGUAAACUGCUGCCAGGGCAGGAAUACACACUGUCCACUUGUCCUGAAGACGACUCAGUUCUAGUUCAACCGAAAGAAGCUGAAUUUGAUGAGGAGUCCUAUGACAACUACAUCCCAUCAUUCCAGGUGACAUUAAAAACUGUCAUCUUAAAUAUGAAGGUGCUUCUGAGAGACACCAGCAGCUCUCACAUUGUUUGGGAAAGAGAGGUUUGUCUUCCAUCUGCUGGAGUAAAGAGACUCUGUGUGCAGGGCCGCUCAGACCGGAUUCUGAAGGACAUACGCAGCAGCUUCAUCGAGGGGAUAUCAGGACCUGUUCUCAAGAGUCUGCUGGACAAACUGUUUGAGAAAAAGGUUCUGAUUGAUUCUGAGAGGGAGUCAGCGGACGAGAUGCAAAACAGAGGAGACAAAGCUCGUUUAGUUAUCGACACAGUGAGGAGGAAAGGUGAAGCUGCCAGUUCAGAGAUGAUCGAGUUCCUCUGUGAGCUCGACCCGUUCCUCUGUAAACAUCUUGGCCUGACAGCCACCUGAAUCAACAGGAGAGACCGUCAGAACAUGUUGACCCCAAACCCAUUUUCCCAGAACUCUGAUCUCCUCCCAAACCCUGAACUUCAACUUCAAUCCCAGUACCCUGAGUUUAAAUUUGGCGUCAGAAAUCCAAGCCAGGAAUCCUGACCUUAAAUACAGAGCUCUGACUUCAAUCCCUGUACUCCAACCUUUUUCCUAGAACUCUGAGAUUCCUUCCAAAAUUCUGACCACAAUCCCAGAAGCCUGAGUUCAAAGUCAGAAUCUGGAGGAAUCAAUCAGAACUCCAAGUCCAAAACCAGAACUCUGACUUCAAUCCUUAAACUACAACCCUUUUCCGAGAACUCUGUCUUCUUUCUCAGAACUCUCAGUUCAAGGUAAGAAUUAGGAGCAAAAAAUCAGAAGUCCACACCCAAAACCAGAACUCUGAAUUCAAUCCCAACAUUCUAACUCUUUUCCCAGAACCCCUGCUUCUUCGUUAGAACUCUGACCCCCUCUCACCACACUUCACACUUAAACCCAGAAAUCCAAAUUAUUUUUCCUAGAAGUCUGAAUUUCCUGAACUUCUUUACCAGAAUUCUGACCUCAAACCCAGAACCCAAACUUUUCUCACGGAACUCUGAUCUUCCUCCCAGAACUCCGACCCCAAACCAAGAACCCCGAGUUCAAAUUCAGAACUCUGAGAACAAAAGACAGAAUUGUAGAUAUGGACAGUUUUUAAAUGUUGAAUCUAUUGAAUAUGUUUUUAACUGAUGAAUCUUUAUGACCUUUUUAACCAGAUAUCUUGAACACAGUCUGUUUCAUUGUUUUUAUGAUGUUUAUCACCUGAUUCUUUGAUUUCUGAUGUUUGAUUUCAGCACUUUUGUCUGUUUAUUUUCUUACAUUCUGUGUUUGUUGCUGUCGUGUUGCUUUCUGUAAAGUCCUCAACAAGAACCAGGAGUCAUUAAAUCUGAACUCCAGCUAAAAACUAAUGGGACUCCUCAGGUACAGCAGGUACAGUGUCUGUAUUCAGGUCGCCCUUUUAUUUAGAUGUCACUUAUUGUCAGUAGUGUCAGUAACACUGUGACUCUGCAGGUGAGUCACAUUGAUUCCAGGUGAGAUCAUGACCUCAUGUGGGUGAAGAGAAACAACACUUUUCAGCCUGGUGUGAGUCUGUAAUUAAUCUUAAAGGAACUUAAUGUCCCUCCUCUUGUUCUGUUGUACAAUAAAUGAUCUCAUCUUACUGUGUCUCAAAAUAACAGCUGUCUUCAGGUGAUGUUAUACCUGCAUCAGCCAGCAGGGGGAGUCACCUGCUGACACACAAGCACAUGUUUCUGAUUUUAUAUCAUGUUUAUGUAUGAAUGUAAAACUCAAUAUCAUUUGUUACUCUGACAUUGUUUGAGUCUCAGGUGUUGGAUGAUUUGUUUCUAGUGGGUGAAAAAGGAACAAAGAAAUGAAGAAAUCAUGUUUCUGUGCUGUGUAUCAUUGUUACUGUAUCACUGAGUAUUCAUGUGAAUAAAAUACUCUGAAUAUUGAAACUGA